AUGAGUUCUCUUGUCCAAAUGAUGAAUUCUCCUCCUGAUCAACUAGACUUGAAAACCACUGACAUUGCUCACGAAUUCCCUCCAUUUCUUACGGUUUACAAAAAUGGAACCAUCAAGAGGAAUGUUGGCAGCCCAUUUAUGCCUGCCCCGGAAAAUCUAAACGGUGUAAGAACAAAAGAUGUGGUGGUUUCAUCUCAUCCCAAAGUUACUGCUCGUAUUUUCUUGCCAGAGUCUUUGACACCGGGAGAGAAACUCCCGGUGUUGGUUUAUAUUCACGGUGGCGGAUUCUGCGUAGAAUCCGCCUUGUCGUAUUUCUACACUCCUUACGCUGCGUCCAUUGCUUCCACUUGCAACGCUAUCGUUGUUUCGGUUGACUACCGACUCGCGCCCGAACAUCGAAUUCCCGCGUGUUAUGAUGAUUCAUGGGAGGCCUUGAAAUGGGUUGUUUCUCAUGCAUCCAGGUCGGGUCCGGACCCAUGGGUAAACGAGCAUGCUGAUUUCGGGCGGGUUUUUCUGGCGGGUGAUAGUGCUGGAGCUAAUAUUUCGCACACAUUGGCUGCUUGGGCGGGGGUAAAAGGACUCGAAUCGGAUGUUAAGAUUUCGGGUGUGAUUAUGGUCCAUCCGUUUUUCGGGGAUGGCAAGCCCGACGGUUUAUGGGAUUUUUGUUGCUCCGAUGGGACAGGGCUUGAUGACCCGAGAUUGAACCCGGCAGCGGAUCCGGCUCUGUUGGAGAAGCUUGCGUGUGGGAAAGUGUUGAUUUGUACUGCUGAGAAUGAUAUAUUGAGACCGAGGGGUUGGAGUUAUUUUGAGGCUCUAAAAGAGAGUGAGUGGAAAGGAGAGGUUGAGAUUGUGGAAACAAAGGGGAUGGGUCAUGUGUUUCACCUGUUCAACCCGAAUUGUGAAGAGGCCGUAUCACUGAUGAAAUUGGUAGCAUCGUUCAUGAAAGAUGACAAGGUCCUUUCUUUGUUAUAG